CUUGGAACAGAAUGCAAGCAACACAUUACAAAUCGCGGCCUUUCGCCUCUUGUCCGCUCGCACGUCGACGUGCAACACGCCCAGUUCGUGUCUUAGCCCAGUCCACAGAAUCCACAGCCGCUCUCUUAAACAGCCAUCGUGGAUCCUUUGCAUCUGAUCCCAGCUAUACCUUUGCGCCAAUAAUCAACGGAUGCUGGCAGCUGGCUGGAGGACAUGGCCGCGAGGUGUUUGAUGACAUCCAGUCCAAGCUAGCAGCCCACGUGGCGGCCGGCUACACCACCUUCGACACAGCCGACAUAUACGGACCCUCCGAGGCUGUUCACCAAGUACGUGCCCAACAUCUACAACCAGCGCCCCACCCCGGGGGCGGUGCGGGCGGCAGUGGGGAGGUCGCU